AUGGCUAAGCAAGUUUCAUGGACACCUAACAUGUCCAAGUUCAUGCUAACAUGGCUAAGUGAUUUGGUCUCUAGUGGCAAUAGAACAAGUACUGCAUUCAAGCAAUCACAGUUCAACGCUUGUGCCAUUGCUUUGAAUGAGCAUUUCCAACUUAGCUUGAAUGGAGAUCAGGUUAAAAAUCAUAAUAGGACAUGGAAGCGAAAACUGCAGAAAAUAGUGAAACUCAAGGACUUGAGUGGUGCACUAUGGGAUGAGGACAAGUCUAUGAUUGUUCUUGAUCAUGAGCAUUACACAAAUCAUGUUAAGGCUCAUCCAGAGGACGAACAGUACCUUAACAAGACUAUUAUUCAUUAUAAGGAGAUGAUGAAUAUAGCUGGAGGGAGCAUGGCUACAGGGCAAUAUGCAAAAGACUCAAGUGACCCUCUUGCUACAGAAGUGGUUAAUCUUGAAGAAGAGACAACCAAGAAACCCACUGCCCCACAUGAAGAGGUUGCACAAUCAACCAAUGCAGGUUCAUUCGGUCCCAAACCAAAAAAGGCCAAACCAAAUCCUUGUGCGGAAGACAGGUUGCAUGCCACCAUACUUGCAUCUAGUGAAAGAAUUGCUAUUGCCAUAGAGAAGAGUUCUAGCACCUAG